AUGCCUCGUUUAAGCACGUACUUGAAUCUGCUCGUACCUUGCUCUGCUGUAGAAUCGGAGAACACCAAGAACUAUAGAAGAACUGGGGUAUUUCUGAUCCAAUACAUACGUUUUUCUUUUCACGGAUUCUCUACUCCAGUGGCGCAAGGAAUGAACGCAUUUUACAAGAAGGUUUCAGAGAUGAUACUCACAAACUUACUUGCAUUGCUCCAAUUGGUGAUAGUAUGUGAGGCAUUCCGAACGCAGAGUGUGGCGGUGAAAGGACGAUUGAUGUGCGGCAGUCAACCAGCAGCAAACGUGCGUGUCAAACUGCUCGACGAAGAUCAAGGUGAUCCGGACGACGUAAUGGACCAAAUGGACACGCAGUCCGAUGGCCACUUCAGCCUCAGCGGCUCAGCAUCCGAAUUGACACCGAUCGACCCCGAAGUGCGGAUUUAUCACGACUGCAAUGAUCAUGGAAAGCCAUGCCAACGUGAAUGGAUCAUCAGAAUCCCGAGCAACUACAUCUAUUCGGGUGGAACCAGAAAAGGACGAUGGAUUUAG